AUGACUUACUGGGAAUUGGGUUGUUACAACUUGGUAUCAGAGCAGUUCGUUCCUAUUAAAGCCUGGGGAUAUGGACUGAAUCAUGCUUCAUUGCAUUCUCUGAAGACUAUUCACACUUUGCCUGAAAUGUUAAGACUGAUCACCUUAAUAUUACAUGUUGGGUGUGCACAGAAUCUUGAUGGCUGCACGGGGAUGAGGACGUGUUUCAAGGGGACGCUUGUUGCAACUGAAGCUGACAAUUGGUUCCGUGGUAUUGAGAAGUCAUUACGAGCGCAAUAUGUACCAGAAAGACAGUACGUGGAAUUUGCAACCUAUAUGCUGGAGGGAGAAGCUGAACACUGGUGGCAUAGAGUGCAACGCUUGUUAAGGCAGGUGGUGGAAGAGAUUGAAUGGGAUACUUUUAAGGAGAAAUUUUACAAAAAGUACUUCCCUAGAACUGUUCGUGAUGCUAAAGAAACGGAACUGAUGCAGUUGACACAGGGGAAUAUGUCAGUAGCAGAAUAUACUCAGAAAUUUGAGAAUUUGUGCCGAUUCUCUAAGAUCUGUCAGGGAAACCCAGAUGAUUUUGAGGAAUGGAAGUGUUUGAAGUACGAAGGAGGACUCUGCGAAGAACUAAUGCACUCGUUGGUACCACUGCAAAUACAAAAUUUCGCAGAACUUGUCAAUAGGAGUCAGUUGGUGGAAGACUGUACCAAGAAGGUGGUGGCAGCAAAGAUGAGUCGUCAAGAAUUACCUCCAAAAAACUUUAAUCGGUAUAUAGCCCCUCAGGGAAGGAAAUUUAAAAUGAAUAGGACACUUUCUUUUGGGAAUCAGCAAGUUAGUAAUCUUCCUGCUCGUGACAAUAUCGAUAGGCAAGGACAAGAUACUGGAAAGCGACCACAGCCAGCACUAACAAACCUUAUUUGUAAUCAGUGUGGGAAGAACCAUGGUAGGAAUCUAUGUCGAUUGGGUUCGAGCGUUUGUUAUUUUUGUGGUAUGCCUGGACAUAUAGCGAGGAAUUGUGAGAAGAAGAUUGCUCAAGAUUCAGCUAAAUCUCAGCAGCCAGGAAGAGUAUUUACAAUGAUGACUGAAGAUGCUCGUACUCGAACUCCCUGA